CUGCUAAUGCAAGUCGGCCUGGCAUGCUCGUUAAUUACGGCAUGCCUCACACGUAUUCCUGAUUGCUGCCUGGUAGACUGUAGACCGCCAGAUUGCCUCGACCAAUACACGCCAUAUGGCCAGUGCUGUCCUAUUUGCAAGCCAAGUAAAGACGGUUCUUGUCCAGUAUUGAAGGGAAAACGCGAUGUUGCCGAUUCGUGUGUCCGAAAGUGCAGUUCUGACUACGACUGUCCCGGUGUCGAGAAAUGCUGUUUAAAGGGUUGCGGUAACCUAUGCCUGAAACCAACACGUAAAACUUGCACGAGAAACGGAAUCAUCUAUAAAGAAGGUGAAAAUGUGCCACCAAACGGCAGAUGUGAAACGGGUUGCAAGUGUCAAGCUGGUGAAGUGAAUUGUUUGCUUAUACCUUGUUUUCCGGAUGAGCGUGACAUUCCCCUGGUAAAACACGUUUCUAUUCGAUGCAUAUUUCAGCAACCGAGCUACCAUCUGCGGAACACUUUGCACUUAACAUCUAGCUUGUGAUUUGUAUUGUU